AGUCUCUUUAUCUGUGUUCAGUGACGUGUGGAUUGACGAGAAAACAUUUUUUUGUUGAAAUUUGUGCUAAUUUGAUUUUUAGCAAAAGACGCAAUUGAAAAAAAAAUAUGAGUAAACAUAAGGACAAGGAUAAGAAUCGUUCGCGUUCACGAUCAAAAUCCAAAGACAGGGAACGUCGCGAAAAGAAAAAGUCGAAAAAGAGUAAGCGUAGCCGAAGCAGGGAACGAAAACAUCGUAGGAGCCGUAGUAGAAGUUAUAGCAGAAGUCCAAGCGGUGAACGCAGAAGACAUCGUCGCGAAGAGAGAUAUGAACGCGAAAGAGAACGAGAGGCAAGAGAAAUGCGAGAAAAAGAAUUGGAAAAGGAACGAUUACGGGAAAUUGCGUUGGAAUUUAAACAAUCGGGAGCAUUUAGUUCGAUAUCACAACAGACGCAAUCGUUUCAAUUACAAGACCAUGCAUUGAACAACGUUUUAUCAUCGUUCCCAACAUUUAAUUCGUUCCCAAUGGCCAUAGUUCCACCGGUGAUAGAGACACCGCAACCGCCGCCAAGAGAAAUGAGUCAAGCUUAUUUGGAGGCAGUUGAAGCGAGUAAACGUAUUGCUGCGUCAAAGAAUUUCGUCGAUGCAUUCAGCUGUUCAAAUAGCAACGAUUCAACCAGCAACGGAGCUUCAUUAAACAAUGAAGGAUCGUCGAAUAGCAUGAAUUUUGUGCUUGGCGGAGAAGCCGAAACAGCCAGACAGCGUAAAAAGCGUUCACGUUGGGGUGGCAGCGAGAAUGAUAAGACAUUUAUUCCGGGUAUGCCGACUGUUUUGCCGUCAUCGCUUGACUCGCACCAACAGGAAGCCUAUCUAGUUCAACUUCAAAUCGAAGAAAUCAGCCGCAAACUACGUACCGGAGACUUAGGAAUUGCUUCAGUCGAAGAAAGAUCACCGUCCCCGGAGCCUAUUUACAGUUCUGAUGGUAAGCGAAUGAAUACACGUGAGUUUCGUACACGCAAACGUUUGGAGGAGCAACGUCACCAAUUGAUUCUUCGAAUGCAAUGCAUGAAUCCGGAUUUUAAACCACCGUCGGAUUACAAAGCCCCCAUUGUGCGCGUCAGCGAUAAAGUAUUAAUUCCUCAAGAGGAGCAUCCAGACAUCAAUUUUGUUGGUUUGCUGAUCGGACCGCGUGGCAACACUUUGAAGGCGAUGGAAAAGGAAACGGGAGCCAAGAUCAUCAUUCGUGGAAAGGGAUCGGUGAAAGAGGGAAAAGUCGGCAGAAAAGAUGGCCAACCAUUGCCGGGUGAAGACGAACCGUUGCAUGCAUUUAUUACAGCGGCCAAUGCGGAUUGUGUCAAAAAAGCGGUGGAGAAAAUCAACGAAGUCAUUAAACAAGGAAUCGAAGUACCAGAGGGUCACAAUGAUUUAAGACGUAUGCAGUUACGUGAAUUAGCUCAGUUGAACGGGACACUGCGUGAAACUGAUGUACCGAGAUGCACAAACUGUGGCUCAAACGAACAUAAGAGUUGGCAUUGUACAGACAAGCCUAAUGUUACCAACAACAUUAUGUGUUCAUCUUGCGGCGGUGCCGGCCAUAUUUCAAAGGAUUGUAAAGCAAAACGGCCCGGCCAAGGAGGGCCACCGGUUGUGAAUGCCAAUUCCCAAGCCAAAAUCGAUGAGGAGUAUCUCAGUUUGAUGGCUGAACUCGGCGAAGGACCGCCAGCAACCAAAACAAACGAUACACCAUCACAAAGCAGCGGUUCGUCAAAUCGUAACCAAUUUUCGAUAUUCGAGCGUAAUCAAGGUCCUUUAAAAGCAAUUCAGCAAGUUCCAUCCUCAGCACCAGCAUCCAAUUCAGCUUCACCAGUCCAGCAACCGCCUCCACGUAUGCCACAGCCUCCAAAUUGGAAUGGACAGCCGGCGAUGCCAGUUCCACCAUUGCCACCAGGAGGAUCAUUUGCAAUGCCUCCACCAUCGAUGCGACCACCAAUGUGGAAUAAUCAGCCGCAGAUUCCAGGCACUGAUCUACCACCGGUGCCAAGUUCUACUUCUUGUCCACCACCUUUUGUUCCACCACCGCCGCCUGGAACUUCUAAUUGGAGUGCACCGUUGCCUCCACCGGCACAACAGUAUCCAUGGAGUAAUGGUAAUUUCGUGCCACCAUUACCAGCUGUUCCACCUCCACCACCGCCACCGCCUGGAAGUUAAACGACUAAAAUAAUGAUUUGAAUGUUUUUCGAUUAAAAUUAUCUACCAAUUAGAUAAGAAAAUUGUUCGUUUCCAAAAUGGAAAGAAGUUCUUUUCAACCACCUAACUAAUCUCAUUUUAAAAAUCGAUUGAAUUGUCAUUGGAAUCAGUUGUCUGCAUAUAAUUAGCAUUGUAUUUAUCAAACGAUCGGAAUAAAGUGAAUGAACAUGAACAAA